UAAUCAGUCAAUGUCACAACCAUGUGCCAUGUCAGAUUCUUAACCUAACUUCAUUGUCUUAAAUGUUUUAUUAAUUUGGUGAUUAUUUAGUUAUAGUAAAGGUAUUAAUUUCUAUACACUUUCUUACCGAGACUCUUUCAAUUAAACGUGGCUCAUAAUUUACACAAAUUACUAUUGUACAAAUAUAUACGCUAAAGAAUACAUAAAACAUUUCAAAAGAACAAUCAUGUCGAAAGUAAAAAUUAAGGUAAUUAGUCGUAAUCCAGACGAUUAUUUACGUGCCACAAAAAAAGAUAUUCAUAAAUUGCCUAGAAAUUAUGACCCCAGUCUUCAUCCUAUGGAAGCUCCAAGAGAAUAUGUGCGAGCAUUGAAUGCAGUCAAGCUAGAAAGAGUAUUUGCAAAACCCUUUAUUGGCAACCUUGAUGGCCAUAGAGAUGGAGUUUCUUCUAUGGCUAAACAUCCCAGUAGACUUGCAGUCCUGGCUAGUGGAGCAUUUGAUGGAGAAAUCAGAUUAUGGGAUUUAGCAGUACGCAAAUGUACAAGAAAUUUUGUUGCACAUGAGGGUUGGGUGCGUGCUAUUUGUUACACACCAAAUGGAGACACAUUUACAAGUGUUGGUGAUGAUAAAACUAUAAAAACAUGGAAGUCUGAAAUCCAGUUGUCAGAUGAUGAGGAACCUGUGAACACAUUACUCAGCAUGUCAGUUGUUAGUGGUGUGACUCAUCACAGAUCUAAACCUAUUUUUGCCACAUGUGGGGAACAUUGCCAACUGUGGGAAAACACUAGAAAUGAACCUAUCAAGGUUUUCAAAUGGGGUGUAGACAGUCUUCAUCAUGUUGCUUUUAACCAGGUUGAAACCAAUUUAUUGGCAUCUUGUGCAAGUGACAGAAGUAUUAUAUUGUAUGAUUGCAGAGAAUCAGGGCCUUUGAGGAAAGUAGUGUUAGAAUUAAGGUCAAAUGCACUCUCAUGGAAUCCAAUGGAAGCCUUUAUAUUUACUGUAGCUAAUGAAGACUAUAAUUUAUAUACAUUUGAUGUUAGAAAAUUAAAAUAUCCAGUAAAUAUACAUAUGGACCACACAUCAGCUGUAAUAGAUGUGGACUAUUCACCCACUGGCCGUGAAUUUGUUGCUGGUAGUUAUGACAAAACUGUAAGGAUAUUUGAGAGUCUUAAAGGACACUCUCGAGAUGUUUACCACACUAAGAGGAUGCAGAGAUUAACAUGCGUAAAGUGGUCACUGGAUAACAAAUAUAUACUCUCAGGAUCUGAUGAAAUGAACAUAAGACUGUGGAAAGCAAAAGCUUCAGAAAAACUUGGUGUUCUUAAGCCUCGUGAACGUACUGCAUUAAAUUAUGCAGAUGCUUUGAAAGAUAAAUUUGCAAAUCAUCCACAAAUAAGACGGAUUGCGCGACAUAGACAUGUUCCAAAACACGUCUACAAUUCACAGAAAGAACUCAAAACGAUUAAAGAGAAAGCUAAAAGGAAAGAAGCCAAUAGACGUGCUCAUAGUAAGCCUGGAGCUGUACCACACGUUCCCGAACGUAGAAAGCAUGUUGUUAAAGAAGAUGAGUGAAUUGAUUGUUAAUAAUAAUAUUUCAUACAAAAUAUAUAAUAAUAGUUUUGAUUUGUUAA